AUGGUGGAUUUUGAGGACUUAUGGAAUAUGGUUUCUAGUUUUCGGAUUUCUGAACUACAAGUACUGUUAGUCUUUGCUGGAUAUAAUAAAAAUGGAUGCAAGCAUGACCUCCUGAUGAGGGCUUUACAUUUAUUGAAGAGUGGUUGUAGCCCAGCAGUUCAGAUUAAAAUCAGAGAACUUUACAGACUGCGUUACUCAAGAACAAUUGAAAGUCUUUCAGAUUUUUCCAUGAUAAAACCAUCAGUUUUCAAUUUGGACAAUAGUUCAUCACCUGUGGAGUCUGACUUGACUGAUGCUGGGAUCCACCCAUUGCCUUCUACUUCUCCUUCCUCUCCUGUUGGCUCAGUGCUCCUCCAAGAUACUAAUACUUCAUUUGAGAUGCAGCAGCCAUCUCUCCUGAUUCCUCCUGUCCACCCUGAUGUUCAGCUGAAAAGUCUUCCCUUCUAUGAUGUUCUUGAUGUUCUUAUCAAACCUACAAGUUUAGUUCAGAGCAGUUUUCAGAGAUUUCAAGAGAAGUUUUUUAUUUUUGCAUUGACACCUCAACAAGUAAGAGAAAUAUGCAUUUCCAGGGAAUCUUUUCCAGGUGGUAGAAGAGAUUACACUGUCCAAGUACAGCUAAGAUUGUGCCUAGCAGAAACUAGCUGUCCUCAGGAGGAUAAUUAUCCCAAUAAUCUGUGCAUAAAAGUAAAUGGGAAGCUGUUUUCUUUGCCAGAUAAUGCAACACUUCUUGGGCAUUUCAAAUGCCCAAGAAAUAGAAGUAAACAGAAACACCAGAGACACCCCUUGAAUAUUACAUCUCUAGUUAGGUUAUCUUCUGCUGUGCCAAACCAGAUUUCCAUUUCUUGGGCAUCUGAAAUUGGAAAGAAUUACUCCAUGUCUGUGUAUCUUGUACGACAGCUGACAUCAGCCACGUUGUUACAGAGGUUAAAAAUGAAAGGUAUUCAAAACUCUGAUCAUUCCAGAGCAUUAAUUAAAGAGAAGCUCACUGCAGAUCCUGACAGUGAAAUUGCUACAACAAAUCUUUGGGCAUCACUGAUUUGUCCUCUAGGAAAAAUGAGGCUGACAAUUCCAGGUCGUGCAGUGACAUGCACACAUCUGCAAUGUUUUGAUGCUGCUCUUUACCUACAAAUGAAUGAAAAGAAGCCUGCCUGGAUUUGUCCUGUUUGUAACAAAAAGGCUACCUAUGAAAGUCUAAUACUAGAUGGGCUCUUCAUGGAAAUUCUCAAUGAGUGUUCUGAUGUCGAUGAGAUUAAAUUUCAAGAGGAUGGUUCUUGGUGCCCAAUGAGACCAAAGAAAGAAGCUCUUAAAGUUUCAAACCCACAGUGUACAAAAAUAGAAAGUUCAAGUGUCCUCACUAAAUCCUGUUCAGUGACUGUGGCCAGUGACACAAGCAAGAAGAAAAUAGAUGUUAUUGACUUAACAGAGAGCUCUUCUGAUGAUGAAGAGCCUCCUGCCAAAAGGAAAUGCAUACUUAUGGUGGAGACACAAAGCAGCCCAACCAAAUGGGUUCUCAUGUACCAGCCAUCUACUGUCAGGGUGCCUAAUGUGACUGUAGAUGCUUCUCUGCCACCUUCAUUAACAGAUUACUGA